CACUGCCGCAUUUCCGUCGUUUGCCCUAUAUCCCUAAUGGAAUAUGCCGCCACGAUGCUGGAGUAUGACGAUAACGAGCGGAGAUUCUCGUUUUUCACCAGAUAUAACUCCCCGCGCGUUAUAACGUUACGCUGUCCAUGGCUCGGGACAAUGUACCGGUUGUCGCAAGCCGCAAUCGCCGUGUAUCUGAUCUGCUACGUGGUGGUGUUUACGAAAUCCUAUCAGGACACGGACGACGCCGUGAGCAGUGUGGUCAGCAAAACCAAAGGCUUCUUGCAAGCCGAGAAUUUCGCCAAUAAAAUGUGGGACAGCAGCGAUAUCGGGUUUAGUCCGCAGUCAUCACGCGCCGUAUUUGUCCCGACUAAUUACGUUUUUACACCCAAUCAGACGCAUGGGAAUUGUCCAGAGGAUCCGAACGUGGAAACGCCGGGCAGUCUGUGCGAUGACGACGAGGAAUGCGUGCCGGACAUGCCGACCAUGUAUGGGAACGGGAUCCGCACCGGACGCUGCGUCUUCGACAUCCUAGACCGGGAGAACUCCACCUGCGAAGUGCACGGCUGGUGUCCGACGGAACGCGAUGUCCAUUACCAUCACUCCCGCAUCAACGGCUUCGAGAGCGUCACGGUCAGCAUCCGCAACUAUAUCGUCUUUCCGAAAUUCCAAGUGCAACGGCAGAACAUCGUGCCGCAGAACCUGAGCGAGCUAAACUGUCGCUACCACCCGCAGACGGAUCCGUACUGUCCCAUUUUCUACAUGGCGGAUAUUAUUGCCCUGGCUAAUGAGAGCCAUUCCCAGAUGGCCGUGCUGGGCGGGAUUAUUUCCAUCCGCAUCGACUGGGACUGCGAUCUGGACUAUGAUUUGGACCAGUGUCUGCCGGUGUAUUCCUUCCAUCGGCUGGAUAAUGCUAGCGAUCUAAUAGCACCGGGAUGGAAUUUCCGACAGUCGUAUUACUGGCAAGAUAAAACCGGCAUAAUGCGGCGUGAUCUCAUCAAACUGUACGGCAUUCUGCUGGUCUUCAACGUACAUGGCCAAGCCGGCAAAUUCUCCUUCGUGAAAACCGUCUACACACUGGGCGCCACGCUCGGCCUGUUGGAAAUUGCCAGCAUGAUCUGUGAUUUCAUCCUAAUCAAUUUUGUGGCGAAAAAGCACAAAGAAUUUGAGCGGAAUCGUUCGGAAUCGCUGAUCGAGGAUGACGAAUCUGCUGCUCCAUCGACGGUGGUCACGCCCCUUUUGUCCCGUCGCUACGGCACGAGCAGUAGUCUACGGGAGACGAGUUUCUCCUACAUGGACGACCACCGAAUACAUCCCUCCGCGUUACGCCGCUCCACCUCGUCCUUGCCGCAACAAAGGGUGGUGACCUUUGACCUGGGGGAUCACCGUCCGCUGAGUCGCUCGGCAGGGUCGCUACCCCGUAAUCAUAUAGUGCGUUGGACGCCGGAUGAUCGGCGGCAGCGCUGGAUAUAAAAUGAUACCGCGUCUCCUGUAUGAAACUGUUGAUAACGUAAUAUUACACUGGAUAAUUGUAUUAUUAUUUCUAAAUAUUUCAAAAUAGAUUUUGUAUGAUACAUAUUAUAAUGUUUUGGAAUGUCUGUUGCAGAUUUUGCGAGCACCAUUUUGGAUUACGGUUACGUUC